AUGGAUCCAAGCCAUCUUUUGGAUGAAGUCGCUGAUGCGGACAGUAUGGCGGCAGAAGUGAAGCCUACAGUUGCUACAUCGGUUUCUGCAGGAGACGGAUCGGUAGAAGUUCUUCAUGAAACCAGCGGCUCGGCUGAAAACCCUGCAGUUGUUCAUGUAGUGGAAGACGUGCCUAUGGAAGGAAGUUCAUCAGAUGCGCCCGCUGGUGAAGACCAUUCGGACGUACAAAGCUUGCUCAGUGAAAUAGACAUGCAAAAAGCAAUAUCGAAGAGGAGCUGCUCGACAUCAAGGAGAAGUGUAGAGAACUGGCUUCCAGAAUGUGAACUGCAGUCACAAUCGCCAGAUGCUAAUGAACGAUCACGUCUAUAUCGACAGCUCGAAGCUUCAAGGAACGAACUCGCUAUGAAAAAGAUGACAGUUGAUUGUGACCUGGAGCGGUUGAAGCACGAGAAGGAAGAACGAGAUAACGCCAUCCGUACUCUCACUAAGGAGAAACACCUCAUAGCAACUGAGAACUUCGCCCUGAAGGACGAGCUCCAGAAGGCACUAAAUGAGAAAGCGGUUUUGAUGCAAGAAAAGAGUAGCAUAGAUCAAGAAAUGCGUACACUUUCGGCGGAACGAGAGCGUGCACGUGCUGAGAGUGAAAUGUAUGCGAACUCUCGAAAAUGGUUCCUCGAAGAAAUAGCACAGAAG